AUGAGAGCUCUCAGAGCCAUAUACACCCACAAACUCCUCAAUCCCACCACUCACAAAUCCCUCUCCAAGCCAUCUCUCACCCACUUACAGUCCCUCCAAAACCCUAACUUCUCCCGCCAUUUUCACUCCACAUGCCGUCUCCAACGCCCCGAAGAACCGAGCACUGUCACCGAUUCUCUGAAAACCGAGACAAAUUCAAGCUCCAGUGGAGAAAUUCGUCGCGUUUGGUCUGUUUUUGGCCCUGCCUCGCACACAUUGGUGACCCCAAGAGUCGCAAACAAAAGUAGUGAUGUACAAGAACCAAGACGUGAAAGUGAAAGUGAAAGCGAGAGUGAAACCCAAAAGGGCUUAUCGAGUUUGAGAAAUGGGGUCCAGGAGUCUGAGAGGGAUAAGACUCAUAGGAAUGUGAAGAAGGCCAAUUCAGGAACUGGGAAUUAUAGGGAAAUGGCGAGGAGUAAUAAGAAGGGGGGGAAGGUCAAAACUAGCUGGGUUUGCUCGAGUUGUGGGGAGACAUAUGGGCAGUGGUGGGGUGCUUGCCGGUCUUGUCAUGCAAUGGGCACGGUGAAGAGGUUUUCGGAGAGUGUUGAAGAUGCUGAUGGGGGUAAGGUGAGUGGGUUUCAGGUUUCGGAGAAGGCGGUGCGGUCAUGGAUGGGGAAGGAGGCCGGGGAGGGUGGGCCAAUGCGGUUGGCUGAUGUGAACCAGGGAAUGACUGUGAUAGACAGGCGCAUUCCUCUGCCUGGAAUCUUUGGAAGUGAAGUUGAAAGAGUGCUUGGUGGUGGUCUUGUACGAGGUUCAUUGGUUUUGGUCGGUGGUGAUCCUGGUGUUGGCAAGAGUACACUCGUGUUGCAGACGGCUUCACUAAUAGCUGAAGGGCAUGAGCUUGGUAAAGCAGCCCCUGUUGUGUAUGUCUCCGGUGAAGAGAGUGUUCAGCAAAUUGGAAGCAGAGCUGACCGUAUGAAGAUUGAAACAGAGGAUCUUUUCUUGUACUCAAGCACUGAUAUUGAGGAUAUAUUAGAGAAAAUUCAGUCUCUCAACCCUCAGGCGUUAAUCAUCGAUUCAAUUCAAACAGUUUAUUUACAAGGAGUUGCUGGAAGUGCUGGAGGGAUCAUGCAGGUGAAAGAAUGCACACAAGCCUUGCUACGUUUUGCAAAGAAGACUAACGUCCCUGUUCUUUUGAUUGGGCACGUAACAAAAUCUGGAGAUAUUGCUGGACCUCGUGUCUUGGAGCAUAUUGUUGAUGUCGUGCUAUAUAUGGAAGGGGAAAAGAGUUCAGCCCAUCGUUUACUUCGAUCUGUGAAGAAUCGUUUUGGAUCAACUGAUGAGCUUGGUGUAUUUGAAAUGUCACAAUCAGGACUGCAAGCUGUUUCAAACCCCAGUGAGAUGUUUCUGUCUGAGCAAUACUCAGAUUCAGAGUAUUUAGCUGGUUUAGCCGUUGCUGUAAUAAUGGAUGGAUCUCGUACUUUUCUCAUUGAGAUUCAGGCAUUAUGUGUAUCUGAAUCACCAAGCGCCCGGCAAGUUAAUGGGGUUCCACCAAGUAGAGCUUCCAUGAUUAUUUCUGUACUUGCAAAGCAAGCUGGUCUAAAGCUCCAGGAGAAUGCCAUCUUCUUAAAUGUUGUUAGUGGGGUAUUCCUGAAAGACACUGCUGGGGAUCUUGCAAUAGCAGCAGCAAUUUGCAGCAGUUUCUUGGAGUUCCCUAUUCCCAAUAGUAUUGCAUUCAUUGGUGAAAUUGGACUUGGUGGUGAACUUCGCCAGGUUCCUCAAAUGGAUAAAAGGAUACACACACUGGCAAAACUGGGUUACAAAAAGUGUAUUGUACCAAAAUCAGCCAAGACAUCUCAAGGAACUCCAGGCUUUGAGGAUAUCAAAAUAAUAGGCUGCAAGGAUCUGAAAGAGGUCAUCAGCAAUGUGUUCAAAUGA